AUGCAAAUGGUGAUUCAAUCGAAUCAUGGCUUAACAAUUUACUUUGUUUUCGAUAUUGCAAAUUCUAUUCCUAGUAUCAACAUGUUACCUCCUCCUAUUUCUUCAGGUCCUGUUAACGAGUCAAGAAAUCAGCUCCCAGAUAUACUUUGUGUCAUCCAGCUUGGAUAUGGUUCAACUGCCAUAGAAUUGCUGUCAAUGUACUUUGAAGGUCAAUUCACUUCCAUAUCUGAAGAAGAUGAUGUCCAAAACAAACCAGAGUCUUCACAUCUCAUAAUCACUAAAGCUACUGAGAAAGCUGCACAAGAAACAGGUGCACUUAACGAAGAAAAAGAUAAGCUUGAGAAACAAUUGGAGGAACUAGGAUGGCGUUUACAACUUGAGAAACGUUUAAGGACUGAUUUGGAAGAAGAAAAAGCACAAGAGGCGCUGAAAUUUCAGAAUUCUCUAGAAGCUAUGCAAAAGAAACUUGAUGAAGUAAAUGCAUUGGCUGUAAUGGAAAGAGAGGCAGCUAAAAAAACUAUUGAUGAAGCGACUGCGGUUGUUGAAGAAAAAGAGAUUGUUAUUGAAGAUACUAAGAAAAUUGAAUCUUUGACUGCUGAGGUGGAUGAGUAG